AUGAAGAAGAAAAACUUCUUCACAUAGUGAUGUUUCCAUGGCUAGCUUUUGGUCACAUAUUCCCAUACCUUGAGUUGGCCAAACUCAUAGCUCAAAGGGGUCACCACGUUAGCUUUGUAUCCACCCCAAGAAACAUACAACGCCUUCCCAAACUCCCACCAAACUUGGCUCCUCUCAUCAAAUUCGUGAAUCUUCCACUGCCCAUGGGGGAUAACCUCCCAGAAAAUGCAGAGGCCACAAUCGAUGUUCCAUACGACGUCGUUCCACUCCUAAAACAAGCCUACGAUGGCCUCCAAGAGCCGUUGACCCGUUUUCUCGAAUCUUCCAAAGCUGAUUGGAUGUUCUACGACUUCGCUGCAUUCUGGGCGGGCUCUGUGGCUUCCAAAAUGGGUGCUGAGCAAUCUUCACGGAAAAAACUUGAAGAUUUCACCGUUCCUCCGCCAUGGGUCCCUUUUCCGACAACCGUUGCAUGUCAUUUAUUUGAAAUCACGCGGUCUUUCGAAGGUUUCUCCGACAAUGCCACGGGGGUUUCAGACACGGACAGGUUCGCUGUAAGCAUCCAAAACUGCGAUUUCGUGGUAGUUAGAGGGUGCACCAAGUUCGAGCCGGAGUGGUUUCAAGUGCUGGAGAACAUUUACCAGAAACCGGUUAUCCCAGUUGGUCAAUUACCCAGCACAGGGUUUGACGACGGCGACAAGAAUGACACGUGGCAGUGUAUGAAAGAUUGGUUGGACAAACAAGCGCGUGGCAGUGUGGUGUACGUGGCGUUUGGAAGUGAAAUGAAACCGAAUCAAGAAGAAGUCACGGAGAUAGCUCUCGGGUUGGAGAAAUCGAAGCUUCCAUUUUUGUGGGUUUUGAGGCUUCAACGUGGGCCUUGGGACCCAGAUGUGCUGCAGUUACCAGAAGGGUUCGAGGAGCGAACCCAAGGGCGCGGAGUGGUGUGCACCACCUGGGCCCCACAACUGAAAAUAUUGGGCCACGUGGCUAUUGGUGGGUUCAUGACUCACGCUGGUUGUUCCUCUGUUGUGGAGGCUGUUCAGACAGAGAAGCCGUUGAUUUUGUUAACGUUUCUUGUGGACCAAGGAUUGAACGCAAGGGUGUUAGAGGAGAAGAAGAUGGGGUACACGGUGCCCAGGAACGAGCGAGAUGGAUCGUUCACGAGUGACACGGUCGCUGACUCUGUGAGGCUGGUUAUGGUUGACGAAGAGGGAAGGAUCUAUAGGGAAAAGAUUAAAGAGCUGAAGGAUUCAUUCAUGGAUAAGGAAAGACAAGAAAGGUAUAUUGAUGAGUUGCUGCACUACCUUGGAACCCUGUCCAAAUGUUAA